AUGUCCUUUGACAGCGCCUACGCCGCGUCGCCCAGCCCGACCGCGACGGCCAAGAGCAGCGACACCUUUGGCCGCUCCCUCUUCUCGCCCGCCAUGUCGUCGUCCUUUUCCUCGCCCGCCGCGCAGCGCCAGACGUCCCACAUCUCCAAGACGUACCGGCAGGCCUCGACGCUGUUCCUGACGCGCCGCCUGCCCGAGGCCCUCAGCACGUUGCUGCCGCUCAUCACGCCGCCGGCCGAGGGCGACGGCGAGCCCACGCCGGUAUCGAGCGCCUCGCGCACCACGAGGGUCAAGGUGUGGAGUCUCUACCUCACCACGCUCAACGCCAUUGUGGAGAUGGAGCCCGAGGAGGGCAAGGCCGCCUUUGGCACCCAGGAAUGGAGGGCGUUGUGCGCCAAGGUCCGCGACGGCACAGUCUGGGAGGAGAUUGUUAGGAAUGGAUACCAUGGGUCCGAGGGCCACGUCGACUCAGAAGUGGUCAUCAACCUCCUCAACGGGGGUCGCUCCCCAGGGCCGCGCAUGAGCGGCCGCUACGCCUCGCCGGCCAAGGGCACCAGCGGCACCGACACGCCCCGCGACCUCACCGCCCGCGUCAAGAUUCUCGAGCUAUACACGCUGCACGUCCUGCUCCGCAACAACGAGUGGGACUAUGCGCGCGAGUUCAUCAGCGUCAGCGCCGUCCUCGACGACGAGCGGCGCGAGGCCUUCCUCCAGGCCCUGCAGAGCCUCCAGGAGGAGCACCAGGAAAAGGAGCGCGAGGAGCGCGAGGAGCGCCAGCGCCAGGAAGACCAGUUGCGGAGGGACAUUGCCGAGGCCCGGCGUCUGCGCGAAGCGGGCGAGGAGCGCGAGCGACGGCGCCUCGAGGACGAGCAACAGGCCCGCAAAGCGACGAGCGAGACCGACUAUGGCGUCGAGUCGAGUCCGAGCUCCAGCCCCAGCCCGCGACGCGCAGCACCCAGACCAUCCUCGUCCGGCUCAAUAUCUUCUCGGCCCGGCGCUGGCAGAAGCGGUCCUGGCCAGACGCCCACCCUCACUGCGCGUGCGAGCGCCGUGUUCACCCGCUUGAAGACGGCGCUGGAGCAAAUCGCCCAGACGCUCAACAGCAAUCCAGUCAUUGUUCUGAGACUGCUCGGCUUCCUCGUCAGCCUGCUCGUCAUGCUCGGCCACAAGGGCCUCCGACAGCGCCUGCAGCGCAUGCUCGGUGCGUCUUGGGCCAAGGUUGCCGCCACGGCUGGCAUGGGCACAAAGGUCAGCUACAUCUGA